CUGCCACAUUCGUAAAUUAUUCCACGCUCCGAACAUGUUUGUGCCACACGCCAUCGUUCAAACGGAGCCCAACAACACAACGCUUUUGAUUACUUUCAUGCCAGAAACUGAUGAAAAUACGACCAGCCACCCACUUUGAACAGCUCCCACUCAGCUUCCAAGUCAACGACAACUAUUUUCAUUUUUGUGUGUGGAGUUUGCAAGCUUCAAGCUUAUUUGGAAAGUAGAAAAAUCUCUUUAAGACUUUUCACAAGUUUAGUACAAAAUCAUUAUACCCUCACAAAAACAUCAUUUGCAGUACAACACCCACUACGUUGUACUACAUGCAGCGACACAGACCCAAACUGUCUUCUAAGGUUAGCUAGCUUUUAUAAAUUCCGCGUUUCCCCUUUCAGUCUUUACCUCCCUCCGCUCUUUUCUACCUCUCUGCUGCGUCGUCGUUUCUGUGGCUUUCUUUCCACGCGCUUAGUUAUUCUCGCUGCUUCACAAUUCAAUUCAAGCACUGGUCCCUGUCACCACCACCGAAACAUUCAAUUCUCCAUCAUUGAAAUUUCUAUACGCAACUGAGUAGUGAGACCUGGUUUGUUAAGCAAUCAUUGAAUAUUGCUUUUAUCCUCUCUCUCUCUUUCUCUCCCUCUGAUUGAGUGCCCCUUGUCCCGUUGAUCAUUCAAUCAGGGUUGAGGAUUUGAUGAAUCCAAUGGGUACUAAUGCAACAAGCAACGAAGAACUCAAGGAGAUUGAGAAUCUCGGAAGAGAAGAUAUUGAAGAGGCUCCGGUUGUGCCUGGUGACGUGAGUACAAUAGCACCGUGGCCAAGACAGAUUACAAUUCGGGGACUGGUAGCUAGCUUUCUGGUUGGAACAAUUUAUAGUGUAAUUGUGAUGAAGUUGAACCUCACAACUGGAUUAGUCCCCAAUCUCAAUGUCUCGGCUGCUCUCCUUGGUUUUGUGUUCAUCAGAUCUUGGACUAAGAUUCUUGCAAAGGCCAAUAUUGUUUCAACACCAUUCACUAGACAGGAGAAUACCGUAAUCCAGACUUGUGCAGUCGCUUGCUAUAGCAUCGCGGUUGGAGGUGGUUUUGGGUCUUACCUCUUGGGUUUGAAUAGGAAGACGUAUGAGCAAGCAGGGUUUGAUACAGAGGGGAACAAUCCUGCGAGUACUAAGGAGCCUGGAAUUGGAUGGAUGACAGCCUUUCUCUUUGUCACCAGCUUUGUUGGGUUGUUGGCGUUGGUUCCCAUUAGAAAGAUUAUGAUAAUAGACUACAAGUUAACUUAUCCAAGUGGAACUGCUACUGCUGUUCUUAUCAACGGGUUCCAUACUCCCAAAGGAGAUGCAAUGGCCAAAAAGCAGGUUCAUGGUUUCUUGAAAUUCUUCUCAGCCAGUUUCUUCUGGGCGUUCUUUCAAUGGUUUUAUACCGGAGGAGAUAGUUGUGGAUUUGUUCAGUUUCCCACUUUUGGAUUGAAAGCAUGGAAAAAUUCAUUCUAUUUUGAUUUCAGCAUGACUUAUGUCGGAGCAGGAAUGAUCUGUUCCCAUCUAGUAAAUUUAUCCUUGCUUCUGGGUGCUGUGAUUUCAUGGGGCAUUAUGUGGCCAUUAAUCCGGGGACUAAAGGGAGAAUGGUUUCCCGCAAGUAUACCAGAAAGUAGCAUGAAGAGUCUUAAUGGCUAUAAGGUUUUUAUUUCCAUUGCAUUGAUUCUUGGUGAUGGGCUUUACAAUUUUGUCAAAGUCCUCUAUUUCACUGCCACGAAUAUCCACGCAUCCGUGAGGAGGAAGAACCUUAAUACAUUUUCAGAUAACCAGAAACCGCUCCCUAUUGAUGAUCUUAGAAGGAAUGAAGUGUUUGCAAGAGAGAGCAUUCCCAUAUGGUUGGCAUGUGCUGGGUACAUAUUGUUCUCCAUCGUUUCUAUUAUUGUGAUCCCUUUGAUGUUCCCCCAGUUGAAGUGGUAUUACGUGGUGUUUGCCUAUCUUUUCGCACCCUCUCUGGGCUUCUGCAAUGCUUAUGGUGCGGGCUUAACGGACAUGAACAUGGCCUAUAACUAUGGGAAAGUGGCUCUCUUUGUGCUUGCAGCCUUGGCAGGGAAAAGUGAUGGUGUAGUUGCUGGACUUGUGGGGUGUGGCCUGAUAAAAUCCAUUGUCUCCAUUUCAUCUGAUUUGAUGCAUGAUUUCAAGACUGGCCAUCUCACUUUCACUUCCCCUCGUUCAAUGCUUCUAAGCCAAGCAAUUGGGACAGCAAUAGGCUGUGUUGUUGCUCCUCUCACAUUCUUCCUUUUCUACAAGGCUUUUGAUGUGGGAAACCCAAAUGGGGAUUACAAGGCACCAUAUGCAAUCAUUUAUAGAAACAUGGCAAUUCUUGGUGUAGAAGGCUUUUCUGCCCUUCCUCGGCACUGCCUGCAACUCUGCUAUGGAUUUUUUGCAUUUGCCAUAGUAGCCAACUUGGUCAGAGAUCUUGGCCCCAAAAAGGUUGGGAAUUGGAUUCCACUUCCAAUGGCCAUGGCCGUUCCUUUCCUAGUUGGUGGUUACUUUGCCAUUGACAUGUGCAUGGGUAGUUUGGUUGUGUUUAUGUGGCACAAACUAAACAAAAGUGAAGCAAGUUUGAUGGUUCCUGCUGCUGCUUCUGGUUUGAUUUGUGGAGACGGAUUGUGGAUUCUCCCUUCAUCCAUUCUAGCUUUGUUAAAAGUUCGUCCACCAAUCUGCAUGAGCUUCCUCUCAUCCAGUUCCAGUUAGAACUUCACAAUAGCAUUCAAAUAUAUAUAGAUAGAAUGAAACACAUGCAAUCAAGCUUAGUAGUUGCUACGAUGAUUAUGGCCAUAAUGUCGUAGGAUGCUUGAUUGUUAUCAAUUACAUUCAUAAAAUCAGCUCUUAGAAUCUCCAUCCAUGUAAAUAUUGACACACUUUGUUACGGGGAGUAAUAAUUUGAGCACACCUUCAAUCUCUCUGCACAAAUGUGUAAGAGUGAACA